AUGGGGAAGAAAGCCAUUGACUUCAGAGUCCCAACUUUGAUCAGAAAUGGGGUGCAAGAGAAACAAAGAAGUUUCUUUGUUAUCGUUGGUGACAAGGCGCGUAACCAAUUGCCAAACUUGCACUAUUUGAUGAUGUCUGCCGAUUUGAAGAUGAAUAAAUCUGUUUUAUGGGCCUACAAGAAAGAUUUGCUCGGAUUUACUUCGCACAGAAAAAAAAGAGAAAAGAAAAUCAAGCAAGAAGUAAAAAGAGGGAUCAGAGAAGCUAAUGACAAAGACCCAUUUGAAGCGUUUGUCACUAAUCAACACAUCAGAUACGUCUAUUAUAAAGAAACCGAAAAGAUUUUGGGGAAUACUUAUGGGAUGUGUAUCUUACAGGACUUUGAGGCCGUCACUCCUAAUUUGUUAGCAAGAACCAUUGAAACAGUUGAAGGUGGUGGGAUUGUUGUGAUUUUAUUGAAAUCUAUGGAUUCUUUGAAACAAUUGUAUACCAUGAAUAUGGAUAUCCACUCUCGUUAUAGAACUGAAGCUCACAAUGAUGUUGUGGCUAGAUUUAAUGAAAGAUUUCUUUUAUCCUUAGCUUCUUGUGCUAACUGCCUAGUGGUUGAUGACGAGCUCAAUGUGUUGCCAAUAUCAGGCGGGAAAAAUGUGAAAGCAUUGGCGCCAAAGGAUGAUGAAGAAUUGACUAAAGAAGAAGUCGAACUCAUAGAGUUAAAAAAAAGCUUGGAAGAUGUGCAACCUGCAGGGUCUCUUAUUGCUUUAGCUAAGACCGUUAACCAAGCUCAGGCGAUCUUGACAUUUAUAGAUUCCAUCUCUGAAAAGUCUUUGAGAGAUACAGUGGCCUUGACAGCCGGAAGAGGGCGUGGUAAGUCUGCUGCCCUUGGUAUUUCCAUUGCUGCUGCAGUUUCUCAUGGUUAUUCUAAUAUUUUUGUCACUUCUCCAAGUCCAGAAAAUUUGAAAACUUUGUUCGAAUUUGUAUUCAAGGGGUUUGAUGCUUUGAAUUAUACCGAACAUGUGGAUUAUGAUAUUAUUCAGUCUACCAACCCUGAUUUCCAUAAUGCUAUUGUCAGAGUAGAUAUAAAGAGAGCCCAUAGACAAACCAUCCAAUAUAUUUUGCCUACUGAUGCUCAUGUUUUAGGCCAGGCUGAAUUGUUAAUUAUUGAUGAAGCUGCAGCUAUCCCAUUACCAUUUGUCAAGAACUUGUUGGGUCCAUAUUUAACAUUUAUGGCUUCUACUAUCAAUGGUUAUGAAGGUACAGGGAGAUCUCUUUCUUUGAAGCUUAUCCAAAAAUUGAGAGAACAAGCCAAUAACACCGUUUCCAAUGUUGACAAGGACAUGGAAAUUAUUUCUCGUGAUAAGAAAUCUAUUGACAGCUCAAUUCAAGGGAGAAGCUUGAAAGAAGUGACCUUAUCGGAACCUAUCAGAUACGCAUCUGGGGAUGCUGUUGAAAAAUGGUUGAAUAAGCUUCUUUGUCUUGAUGUUACUGUGACCAAGAAUGCAUUUGCAACCAAAGGAACUCCACAUCCAUCUCAAUGUGAAUUGUACUAUGUCAACAGAGAUACUUUAUUCUCAUAUCACCCAGUUUCUGAAACUUUCUUGCAAAAGAUUAUGGGGCUUUAUGUGGCCAGUCACUAUAAGAACUCGCCUAAUGAUUUGCAAUUGAUGAGUGAUGCGCCAUCUCAACAACUCUUUGUGUUGUUACCUCCAAUUGACCCUAAAGAUACUAAAAUACCUGAUCCUCUAUGUGUGAUUCAAUUAGCCUUGGAAGGGCAAAUUUCCAGAGACAGUGUACGGAAAGCUUUGGGACGUGGUCAACGUGCAGGUGGGGAUCUUAUACCAUGGGUGGUUUCUCAGCAAUUCCAAGAUGAAGAAUUCGCAGGAUUGUCUGGUGGUAGAGUGGUAAGAAUUGCUACUAAUCCAGAUUACAGUGGUAUGGGUUAUGGUUCUAGAGCUCUUGAAUUAUUGAAAGAUUACUAUGAAGGGAAAUUCACUGAUAUUUCUGAGGACGACACCAAGAAAUCAAAAGAUUAUUCAUUGAAGAGAGUUGACGACAAACAAUUACAAAAGAUGAACUUGCGUACCGAACAAAUUAAGCUCCGUGAGUCCAAGGCUUUGCCACCAUUGUUGCUCAAAUUGCAUCAACAACCACCAUAUUACUUACAUUAUUUGGGGGUCUCAUAUGGUUUGACUCCUCAGCUCCAAAAAUUCUGGAAACGUUCCGGUUAUACUCCAGUGUACCUCCGUCAAACUGCCAACGAAUUGACUGGUGAACACACUUGUGUAAUGAUAAAUGUUCUUAACGAUAGAAAUGACAAGUGGUUGAAAGAAUUCUCCAAGGAUUUCCACCAAAGAUUCCUUGCACUUUUAUCAUACAACUUCCAAAAAUUCACUGCAGUGCAAGCAUUGAAUAUCAUUGAAAACACCAAAGCUGUAAAUCAAGGGGAAUCUAGUAAUACUAGUGGACCAUUGACCAAAUCAGAGCUCGACUUCUACUUCACUCCGUUUGAUUUGAAGCGUUUGCAAUCAUAUGCCAACAAUUUAUUGGACUACCACGUUAUCUUAGAUUUGCUUCCAAAAAUCUCUGGUUUGUACUUCACAGGGAAGUUGGACUCAUUCUUGAACUUGUCAAGUGUUCAAAGUGCGAUUUUGCUUUCUAUUGGUUUGCAACAUAAGAAUAUUGAAGAAGUGUCUAAAGAAUUGAACUUGCCUGUCAAUCAAUCGAUGGCCAUGUUUGCGAAAAUUGUCAAGAAAAUGUCUUCUGCUUUCAAAGAAAUGGUUAGAAAAUCUAUUGAAGAAACUUUACCAGAAGAAGAAACCGAUGUUAGAAUUCGUGAAAUGAAUGGUGAAGAGAUUGAGGCUGAAAUGGAAGUUGGUGACAUCAAUAAACAAAUGGAUAAAGAAUUGGAAGAAGAAGGGAGAAAAGUGCUUGAAGGGAUGAAUGAAACUCAAAAGGAGUUGAUUCAAUCUUUGGAUUUGUCAAAAUAUGAAAUUGAUGAUAAUGUUGCUUGGGACGAAAAAACCGUUAAGAAUGCUAGCAAAAACGGCGGGGUAGCAAGUUUGAAAAAUAACAAAGUGAAGAGAAAGGCCGAGAAGGCUCAAGAUAUUUAUGAUGAGGAGAUUAAGAAUUCAAAGAAGUCAAAGAAGAGUCACAAGAAGAAAUAA